ACUCUUCACCAGGAAACACUCCCCCUCUUCUUCCUCAUCGCUCUCGCCCCUCCUUCACCUCCCUCAAACCUGCGGUCACUUGACCCGGGCGAGGCGGGGCCGGGCAGCCCCCGCCCGGCUGUGGGAAGCCAGGUCUUGCUGAAGAGCUGCGAUGAGAACGAGGUCGUUCGUUCGAAACACUCUGUGAAUUCCUACAGCAGGCACUAAUGGAAGGCCCUUUGCAGACCUCCACUGACACGUGCCAUGAAAACAGCCAAUGGAUGUCACGAUUACCAGAGAAGCUCUGGGAUACUCCUCUCUAUAACUUAGCUCUUCCAGGCAGCCACGAUACUAUGACCUACUGCUUGGAUGAAAACUCAGCUGUUAGUGGUAAUGAAUCCAAGCUGGUGAAGUUUUUAAACAAAUGUAUGCCCUGCAUUGUGCACCCCAUGAUCAUGAAGUGGUCUACAACACAGGUACUGACUGUGACAGAGCAACUUGAGGCUGGAGUUAGAUAUCUGGAUUUCAGGAUUGCCCACAAGGCUAAUGAUCCAUCUCUGACUUUGUAUUUCGUGCAUAUGGUUUACACAACUGUUACUGUACAGGAUAUUCUGUGGGAAGUGCUAAAGUGGUUGGAAACUCAUCCACAGGAAGUUAUCAUCUUAGCCUGCAGGAAUUUUGAUGGAUUAACCAGAAGACUUCAUCGCCACCUUAUUGCCCGUAUAAAAGAGAUUUUCCAGUGUAAACUAUGUCCCAGAAAUGUGGUGCCAACACUGCGGACCAUGUGGCAGCGUGGCCAUCAGGUUAUAGUCUCCUAUGAAGAGGACACGGAAGUGGAGAAGCAUUGUGAUCUGUGGCCUGCAAUCCCAUACUGGUGGGGAAACAAAACUGCCACUCGUGCUCUUAUCCGGUACCUGGAGCGCAUGAAGCGAAGGGGCCGUCCAGAAAAAUUCUUUGUAGCGGGGAUUAACGUUACUGAAAAUUUAAGGUAUAUUCUCGUACACCCAUUUGGAUCAUUGAAGAAAAUGACACUCAAGAGUCUUCCAUGCUUGAAAAUCUGGAUAAAGCAGCAGUAUCCAGGACCAAAAAAAGAAUGCAUUAACAUCAUUGCUGGAGACUUUAUAGGAAAUAAUGAUUUUGUCAAAGAUGUGAUAGAACUUAAUAAAAAAAUUAAUCCUCCAUUACACUGUCAAAGUAAAGGGACUGGAAAAAGAAGCACUCAAUUCUCAGCUUCUUAAUAUAUGAAAAGAUGAAAAGGCUUUGUCUGCAUUUAAUGUGCCCUGGAUUAAACACCAUGGAUUCCAUAAAAGUCCAGUUAACUGGUUAGAGUCAGUAAAAAAUGUGCUGCCAGCAUCAUCAAGGUUUCAAGGCCUUUCCACAGAACAGAUACCAGGCAGACUAUGCUAUGUCUCUAAAGGACUAUGGUAUAUAUAAGUGUAAUUUAUUUGGAGGUACUUAGAUCCUGUAGCAGUUGGCAAUGUCCAAAGUCCUUAAUUUUAUUUAGUGUCACAUAGAAGCAAGAAGGAGAAAUCUGUCAGCAGAUGCAUGAAUUAAUUUGUAGUAAGAUUUUAUCUUUCUUGUAAUUGUAAAGAUAUUAUGCACUACUUGCAACCUUGUCAGUCUUUUAUAUCAGUCUGAAAAUUACUUGCUUGAUUUCAGAUUUUGUGUUAAAUAUAUCAAAGGAACAGUUAAAAUAUUUUCAAUAUAUCACAAAUACUGCAUUGACAAUCCUAUUUGAUGUAAUUUAUAUAUAUAUACAUUUUUAUAUAUAUACACACACCACACUUACACAUAUAUACAUACACACAAUUAACAGUGAAGAUCUACUAGCAGCAGCUGUACUGUUGUGUGCUGAGUAUCAGUUGUGAGCCCUUUUGCCAGCAGGGUAGUCACUAAAUUAUUUGUAAGAGUUUUGUCUGGUUGAACACACACUUUUUUUUAAUCACUCAUGCCAGUUCUGCAGUGAUAAAGACACCAAAGCUAGGCCCCAAGACAGUUUUGUCUGUGGGAAUGAAAACUUCUAAGUGCUGCCAAAAUAUGCCUUACACUGCAAACACACGUAUAUGAAACAAAGUCCUUAUCUAAACUCAGACUGCUCUGGAAACACAGAUUCUUGGCUUCUGUUGUGCUCAUUUGGGGUUUCACAGUCUUUUGUUUAGCUAUUUUAGUAGCUCUGUAAUUAAUUUUGCUCUCAAUAAGUAGUUUUCACUUACGUAAAAACCAAGGGGUUUACGCUGUUUGCCACUGCGUAGUAAUCCUAUUUUUCUGUUUCUUUAAAUGAACUGUGCAAUAACAAAUGAUCACGAGAGGAAGAGAAAUGGCAAGCACUGGGACUCAAACCAAAACCUUGUAUAAAGUUCACUAUGCAACUUCAUUGAUAUACCUCAUGUUUUAGAUGCACUUUAUAUGCAAAAGCUGAGUUCACGUCUGGCAAUGUGUUAAUGUUUGUUUGACAUCAGAUCAAACUCACUCUACACUUCUCAGCGUGAAAAGCUAAGCUACUACCUCCUCAUGCAAUCUCUUGAAAUAGCAGAGUAUGUAGGAAUAAAACCCCUACACAUUCCAUUUAUAAAGAUGACUUUCUGAAUGUUUUGUUUACAGUGCUUUUAUCCUUGUUCUUAUGACUGUACACAUUGUACCAAGCAGUCAUGCAGUUUUGAUUUUAUUUUUUAGAGUCCCUACUUGCAUGAAGUGUUAUGAUAUACAUACUCAGAAUGGUUUUUCUGCCUGUGUUUUGUACCCUCAAGUGGCUUAUUGCUCUACUCAAUAAAAUUUGGAUCUCUCUGUGUAACACAGAUUAAAAUAGUUUUGCUUCCCCUUUC